AUGCUACUACUAUUAUCAGCAUUAGCAUUCUUGCUAUUCCCGAUUUAUACAAGUGCAGCAGCAGCUAAUGGGAAUGGCAACGGAUGUGAUGAUCAGUGUGAUCAUUAUGGUGAUACUGUUGCUUAUGAAAAUUGAUAUCCAUCGCCACCGUUUAAUAUUAGUGUUGAUACGAUUGCAAUUAUUGGUAAUGUGAAAUUUUUAGAAUCAACUGUUAAUUGGGAUUUUGAACCUGACGAUGGACGUGUUGGAUUUUAUUUGCGGGUAACAGCCGUGGAAGAUUGGUGUGAACGCGACUUUCCUGGAUAUUAUACUUAUGAUAUUGGACCGAUGGAACGAUCUCAUAUUAUUCCCGCGACAACAAGUAAUUCUGAGCCAUUGGAAAUUCAACAUGAUUGUACAUAUCUUGUACACAUGCAUUCAAUACCAUAUCCAUAUGGUGAUCCAAAUUUUGCUACUGGUACAAAGUAUAUCGUACCAACAUGCAUUGAGGGAUACUGUAGCUGUGCUAGUCAAAAUGCUGUACCAGUAGCUGAAAAUGUAUCAGUUAGAACGUUUCAAAAAGGUAAUACAAUAAAAGCAGCUGUCAGUUGGAUAUAUCCCGCUAUUAGCGGUCGUACACAUCAAUUUCGGUUUGAUCUCAGCGAAAGAUUUUAUCAUAACCAUCUCAGCUUCGCUAAUCCAAAUGCAUUUAAAUAUCGUAUCGCUGAAAUGCCAUCACAUGUUGUUUAUGCGGAAGAAAAUGUAACAUCGCUUUCAACUGUAUUACCUAUUGAUUUGGCACCAAAUGAGGAGUAUAGAUUGACAAUUUUUGCAAUGAAUGAUCAGUUGUGUCACAGCGAUGACGUUACCGUUCCAUUUUUCACUGGGCUAAUUUUGACCGAUUAUGAUACGGCCACAUCACCAGCUGGAGGUGAUAAUCAUACCGAAGAUUUCUACCAAAAAGAAUUGUAUAAUGUAACCGAUGUGGAAGAUACUGAUAAAAAACCACCGCUGAUUCAUAAAGUACCAGAAAAAUCCCUCUAUUCACCUAUAAUCAUCUUGGCGACAACAUUUGCGCUUGUGACAGCUAUUUUAAUGGCUUGUUGUAUUGCAUAUUGUUUGG